GGGAGGAGGAGCGGCGGCAGCAACAGCACGAGGCAAGUGAGGAGAGAAGGUGCUGUAGCGUCCGCACCGGCUCCCAGCAGGGAAAUGGUCCGGGAGCGCCGGCUGUGAGCUUCCUCUCGCGUCAAGCCCGAGACUGCGGUUGUCAUUGAUCAAUUGAAGAAGCAGGACCCGAAAUUACAGACAUUAGCAAUGAUGUGUGAAGUGAUGCCCACGAUUAAUGAGGACACCCCAAUGAGCCAAAGGGGGUCCCAAAGCAGUGGCUCAGACUCAGACUCCCAUUUUGAGCAGCUGAUGGUGAAUAUGCUAGAUGAAAGGGACCGUCUUCUUGACACCCUUCGGGAGACCCAAGAAAGCCUCUCACUUGCCCAGCAAAGACUACAGGAUGUCAUCUAUGACAGAGAUUCGCUCCAGAGACAGCUCAAUUCAGCCCUGCCACAGGAUAUCGAAUCCCUAACAGGAGGGCUGACUGGUUCUAAGGGGGCUGAUCCGCCGGAAUUUGCUGCACUGACAAAAGAACUCAAUGCCUGUAGGGAACAACUUCUAGAAAAGGAAGAAGAAAUUUCUGAACUGAAAGCUGAAAGAAACAACACAAGACUGUUACUGGAGCACUUGGAAUGCCUGGUGUCACGACAUGAAAGGUCGCUAAGAAUGACGGUGGUAAAACGGCAAGCCCAGUCCCCCUCAGGAGUGUCCAGUGAAGUCGAGGUUCUCAAGGCACUGAAAUCUUUGUUUGAGCACCACAAGGCCUUGGAUGAAAAGGUAAGGGAGCGACUGAGGGUUUCUUUAGAAAGAGUCUCUGCACUGGAAGAAGAACUAGCUGCUGCUAAUCAGGAGAUUGUUGCCUUGCGUGAACAAAAUGUUCAUAUACAAAGAAAAAUGGCAUCAAGUGAGGGGUCCACAGAAUCAGAACAUCUUGAAGGGAUGGAACCUGGUCAGAAAGUCCAUGAAAAGCGUUUGUCCAACGGUUCUAUAGACUCAACCGAUGAAACUAGUCAAAUAGUCGAACUACAAGAAUUACUUGAAAAGCAAAACUAUGAGAUGGCUCAAAUGAAAGAACGUUUAGCAGCUCUCUCUUCCCGAGUGGGGGAGGUGGAACAGGAAGCAGAGACAGCAAGAAAGGAUCUUAUUAAAACAGAAGAAAUGAACACUAAAUAUCAAAGGGACAUUAGGGAG